CCCCUGAAUUGGUUAUUUCAGGGUGGGUUGCGCUUCGGCGGGUCGGUGUGGACGUUUUGGACCGAAGGGCCUGUAUACACACUGCCCCGGUAACCGUGGCAAUGCGCAUCAACGAUCGGCAAUGCCAGCCAUGACAGUUAGGUUCGGUGGGUGGAGGACACCACGGACGGCCGAGUGACUUGUUCGCGCUCCCACACCACCCCGCGUCAUGGCGAGAAUGGCCACAGCUUUGGGCGGAAGCGCCGUUGGGGGCAGGACCAUGUCCUGCAACCUGGACGCACCCGCCAACGCCAUCAGCGUCUGUCGUGACGGCUCCCAGGUGGCGGUGGCCGGGCGCAACAUCUUCAAGGUCUACGCCAUCGAGGAGGAGCAGCUGUGCGAGAAGGCCAACCUGCGGGUAGGCCGCAAGCCUUCGCUUAACCUCAGCUGUGCCGAUGUGGCCUGGCACCAGGCGGAGGACAACCUGCUGGCCACGGCGGCUACCAACGGAGCGGUGGUGACCUGGAACCUGGGCAAGCAGUCACGCAACAAGCAGGACCAGCUCUUCAUGGAGCACAAGCGCACAGUCAACAAAGUGUGCUUCCACCCCGUGGAGCUGCACAUCCUCCUGAGCGGAUCCCAGGACGGCUCCAUGAAGUGCUUUGACCUGAGGAGGAAGGAGUCCGUCUGCACCUUUUCAGGUCAGUCGGAGAGCGUGCGCAAUGUCCACUUCAGCGCCCGUGAUUUCUUCACCUUUGCUGCUACCUUCGAGAAUGGGAACGUCCAGCUGUGGGACAUGCGGAGACCUGACCGGUGUGAGAGGAUGUUCACAGCCCACAACGGGCCUGUGUUCUCUUGUGAUUGGCACCCAGAUGACAGGGGUUGCCUGGUGACCGGAGGCCGGGACAAGAUGGUGAAGGUUUGGGACCUGACUGGUUACAAGGCCAGGGAGAUGUAUUGUGUGCAGACCAUUGCCUCCGUGGCACACGUCCUUUGGCGGCCAGACAGGAGGUACCACAUCGCCACCUGCUCCAUGAUGGUGGAUCACAACAUCUACGUGUGGGAUGUCCGCAGACCCUACGUCCCCUUCGCCAUGUUUGAGGAGCACCGGGAUGUCACCACUGGCAUUGCCUGGCGCCAUAGCCACGACCCCCACUUCCUCCUGUCCGGCUCAAAGGACAGCACCCUCUACCACCAUUUCUUCAAGGACGCCCAGCGGCCGGCAGGCCAGGCCGUACCCGAGGGGCUGUGCUUUGGCCUAUUUGGGGACGUGGCUUUCGCUGUCAAGGAGGGCCUGUGCUCGGCCGAGAGCCACCGCAAGGCCCUGGCUGCCGACCGCCGCUACCCGUUCUUCUUCUCCCGGCGUCCGGACCCCGCUGAACAGUUCACCAACGUCUCGAGUGCCCUCAGCCUGUUUGAGACGCGGCCCGGUGCCGCCUCCAUGGACUGGUUCGCUGAGACAGCGGCCCGGUACAGCCUGAGCGGAGGGCCCCUGCCUGAACUGUGCGACCGUAAUGCCGCCGUUGCCCGGCAACUCAGCCGCCACCAGGUGGCGCAGAUCUGGAGGAUGCUGAAGAUUAUUUACACGGGAAUGGGGGCGACAGGCAACAUAGUGCCAGGAUCUGGAAAGACAGGACCCCCCCUCACCCCCCUCAGCAGCUUUACAUUAAAGGACGGUACAGCUGCAUUGGGAGGUGAAACCAAACUGGAGCGAGGUCGGAUGGAGAACCGACAGGACAGUCUCCCCCUGGAUUCGACCGUCACCUCACUACAAACAAACGAAGAGAACGAGGAGACGGAGGGGAGUGAUGCACCAGCAGACUAUCUGUUCGGCGAUGGUGAAGGUGAUGAAGAUGACUUCUUCAUAGUCGACCACGAGAACGCUCCAGGAGAGGACUCCGAGUUCAUCCUUCCACAGGAAGGCUUCCCACUGCGACACGAAAUUCUCGAUCACCCGACUUCCCUCGACCACUUCCAAGACAAGACGGACUCGCCCCACAUCAGCGGCAACGAAGCAGACCUGGUGUCGCUGACCCCAACCGAGGGCAUUUCUCUGGUCUCCGUCUCGCAGCUGCCCUUUGAGCACGGGUUUUCCGCCGAUUACUUCAACCUCGUCGUGAGGGACAUGAUGUGCUUCUACGCCGAGCAAGGUGACGUGCAGAUGGCAAUCUCUGUCCUCAUUGUACUCGGAGACAGGAUCAAAAAGGAAAUUGAUGAGCAGACACAGGAACACUGGUACACCUCCUACAUUGACCUUCUCCAGCGCUUCCAACUCUGGAAUGUAGCCAACGAGGUGAUCAAACUGAGCACGUGCAGAUCCAUCACAUGCCUGAACCAGGCUUCGACCACCCUGCACGUCAACUGCAACAAUUGCAAACGGCCAAUGAACACUCGAGGCUGGAUGUGUGAGAGGUGUCGGCGUGGUGCCAGUACAUGUGCAGUGUGCCACCACGCAGUGAAGGGGCUCUUUGUUUGGUGCCAGGGCUGUACACAUGGAGGACACCUGCAGCAUCUCAUGGACUGGUUUCAGUUCCACACCCAUUGCCCGACAGGAUGUGGACACCUUUGUGAAUACACAUAGCCCGUACCACACCCUCGCUUCCUCCCAAAACCCCCACCGUGUCUCGUCACAAUAGCAUGUGUUGGGCUGGGAUGUACAGAGUGGAAGCAGUUUGGUUCCUCCCCUCCUCCCAGCAAGAUGUGAUUUGGAAUGGAAGGGGCUCAAUCCCUGAGCAGGAUGAAGGGGACCUGGACAGUAUGUGUUGGUGUAGAGAGAUGUGUUACUAGUACAAGCAUCUGUUGGAUACACCCACGACGUGGGCAUAUUUCAGACACUGCAUGUCCAUUAUGAACUGUACAUAGACUGGGAGAAAGUGAGGACUGCAGAUGCUGGAGAUCAGAGCUGAAAAUGUGUUGCUGGAAAAGUGCAGCAGGUCAGGCAGCAUCCAAGGAGCAGGAGAAUCGCUGUUUCGGGCAUGAGCCCUUCUUCAGGAAUCCUGGCAAGUUUUCAAGAAGCAGCACUGUAUUCUGUUAUUAAGGGAUGGGAUUAAUUUCCCUUCACCAUACCUCCAGCCCCUGCCUGAUGAUCUGCAGACGGGUGCUGCAGGUCUCACUGCUGACACUGUCACAUGGAGUAGGAUUGCAGCCUCUGCCAAAGAACGUUCUCUCUAGAGAAGAGAAGCCACAGGGGUAGAUGUCUCAGCUCCUAAAUCCUGCAGCCUACAGCAAGGAGGAGGCUUUCCAAUUGAGGGUAUUAAACCACAGAAGGCAAACAUGGCAGCAAUGGCCUGGACCGCAACGACAGACAACAAAGAGAAAAUUACUCCUCUCGUGCUCAAGAAAAGGUUUCAUGCAUUUUUGGGCUGAAGGCAUCAAUAAGGCUGGUCUGCCCCAUGAUUGAAGACACAUAUUUAUGGAACCGUUUCUUCCUGUUGAAGGUGGCAAACGAUUCACAACAGGAAGGGCAGGACUAACAGAGCCUGACUUACUGUGCAUUGGUUGUGGGAUCACCAUUACCCUGCCUAUUGCAUGCUGCUCCUGUGUUGCAGCAACCACCAGGCUGACACCUCAUUGUUUCAGGUUUCCUGUAGUGUACCUGACCCUCCUCAAUGGCACUGUGGUGUCCCUACAGCACAUGGAUAGCAGCAGUUCAAGAAAGCAGCUCACCACCACCACCUCAAGGGUGAUUAGAUUAGACUUAGAUUCCCUACAGUGUGGAAACAAGCCAUUCGGCCCAUCAAGUCCACACCGACCCUACGAAGAGUAAUCCACCCAGACCCAUUCCCCUAGCCUGUAUUUACCCCUGCCUAAUGCAUCUAACACCAUGGGCAAUUUAGCAUCGCUAAUUCAGCUAAGGUGCACAUCUUUGGACU